AUAGCGCGAACCAUACGAACAGUCGAAGAAGAAAUUAUACCUCACGUGCGCCGGUUCGGAUCGAAGGCCACCGGGCACAAGUCUACACAAAUUCAACGCUUACGUGCUGCCGGCGUCUUCAUCCGAAACUUUUCACCGUGAGAAACUAGUGAUGGCCAAGAAGGUAUUGCAAGGUCAUAUCCGGCGUCAAUAAUCAUCUAGAGAAAAAAGAAUUACUUCAAAAUCCUGGAGAUAAUUCUUUUAGCAAUUUGAAAAGUAGAAGGAAAAGCAGAGCUAAAGAAGAAGGCUAUAUGUAACAGUAGGAACACAGAUAAUGGAUAAAAUGGACGUCAAUAUGGAAGUUUCAGAUAAAUUAAGAGACGAAAAGAAUGACCUUGAGACAGGUUUAUCGAUUCAAACACUGCCAGGAAGCCCUAAAAUUGACGCUGAAGUGAAACCGGCUAGGAAAAAGAUAAACAAGCGGAAAAAGAAGAAGAUGAAAGCAACGGUUAACAACGAAAUCCAGAGCAUGGACCAGAGUAAAACAGAACCAACAGAGAGUCCCGCUGAAGGGAAUGUUAAUUUGAAAAGAAAAAGGAGGAAAAGAAUCAGGAGAAGCGUAAAAAAAGGGAAACAAAUCCAAAGCACAGACCAAGAAGAUGGCAUGCUAGAUUUGCACUUAUCAGAUGGACAAGGGAUUGAGGGAAAGCUCGCUGAAAAAGAGUGCACAAAUCAAGAAACUGAACCUUGUGCAAGAAACGAACUUUCUUUAUCAGAGUCGGUACAUGAUAAGGAGAGUCCUUUAAAUUUGUGUAAAGAUGAAGAGACCAUCUUAUCACCAGAUAUGGUUGUGGUUUCAACUAACGAGGUUCCGGUCGAAUUAGUUGAAGAUAGCCAACAUAGUUCCAACCCUAAUCAGAUCACUGUUGAGAAUGCGAUUUCUGAGAAUGAGUUGAAUGAGGUGAACGAGGCAAUGAUUGUUGAUCGGGUGAAAUGUUCAACUGAAUCCAGGAGUUGCGAUGUUGAGAUGAGUACAGCUCUUUCUUCUCCUGAGAUGAAGGAAGCAGAAUGUUUAUCGGAGGAUUUAGGACAAGAUCCUAUAAUAGCACCCAUUGCUUCUGUUAAGAGAAAGCUUAUUGUCCUUGAUGUAAAUGGUCUACUUGCAAACAUUGUAAUGCCAGCCCCGAAAGAUAUUAGAGGAGACACGCAUAUAUUAGGACGCGCAAUUUUCAAGAGACCGUUUUGUGAUGAUUUUCUCAAGUUUUGCUUUCAGAACUUUGAUGUGGGCGUAUGGUCGUCAAGAUCCAAGAGAAUUAUUGAUAGAGUUGUCGAUUAUUUAUUGGGAGAUCUGAGAGACCAGUUGCUUUUUUGUUGGGAUAUGGAUCAUAGUACUCAAACCGGGUUCAAAACUCUCGAAAACAUACAUAAGCCCUUGGUGUGUAAGGAGCUCAGGAGAAUUUGGGAAAAUGAUGAUUCUGAUGUACGCUGGAAGAAAGGAGAUUACGACGAGUCAAACACAUUGUUGUUAGACGAUUCUCCUUACAAAGCAUUACUCAACCCAUUGCACACGGCAAUAUUUCCGAAUUCGUAUAAUUAUGUGGAUAAAGACGACAAUUCCUUGGGCCCAGGUGGCGAUCUUCGAGUUUACUUGGAAGGAUUGUUGAAUUCUGAACAUGUACAGAAAUAUGUUGAGCAACACCCGUUUGGUCAAAGUGCUAUAAACGACACUAACUUGUCUUGGGACUUCUACUCAGGGGUUCUUCAGGCUAUAUCGAACCAGCCACACGAUAAUACUCCAAACUCCGUACCUACAAGUUAGCAUUAAUUUUAUUUUUCGUUUUCAAUACAUUUUUUUCGGAAAAUUGUGAUUCGCUAAACGAGAGGGCAUGCCAUCUCAAACACGACGAUAGAAUUAAACAGCUCCAACAUUAGAAACUACAGAUACUAACGGGGUUUUUUAGUCAAAAUUCCAAUAGUUUAUUUUUCGUUUUUUUUCCUUCGAAAGUUGCUACCAUAUUCAUAUAUAAAUUGUGUGCGCGCAUUUUGUAAUAGAUCACUGAUUCAAUUGUUGUUAAAUGUUGUAUAAACCUCUUAAAUUUCAUUCGCUUUUCUUGUUAUUUAAUAAUUCCACUUGAAGUUUA